CACCUUGUUCAGAUCAUCUCUCAUCUAGGUACCAUGAAACUACAGCACACUCAAUCUCAAUCGUGGAAAAAGAACCUGCAGAUAAAUUCAACUGUGCAAGAAACGACUAGCGAUGAUAAAACAGCCGAUAAGCAAGUUUAUGUGUAGAAAUUGAAAGGUUCAGUGCAGUGAAUUGUGUUGCAGUGAGUUUGUAUACCGUGAAGUUCUUUAGAUAGACUGGUUCGGUUAUCUUUUUUUAUCUCGGUUCGUCGCAACACGAAAAUAUAAUCUUUACUAAUAAUUAAUAUACGAGUACCUAAUAAAGUGAACCAAUCAAUUAAUCGUGAUGCUGACUUCGAAACGUAAGCGUUGUAUUGACGAUUCAGACUCCGAGGAUAACGUAUCUCCUGCAAAGGUGCAGAAAUCACACCAUGAUAAUGAUGUAGCUAAAGCCAAGUUAGCAUUACGAGACCUAAGACGUAUUAGUGUUUUAGAGAUGACUAAAUUGAACGUCAUAUGUAAUGAAUCGUCCGCCAAAUUCAUCAAUGAUACUAUUCCACGAAUGCAAGCGGCCGGACCGGACGAAUCGAGGCGUUUAAUGAAAAUAUUAGACGAAGGUUUACUGGAGCUCGAACAAAUACGUCAGAGUUCUGUACAAAAAAUACUCAAAAUUGAAUCCGCAGAACGGGAACGAUUAAUGAAAAUAAUAGAAUCGACACCAGCCAUUGACUUCGAGGCCUUAUACGAGGAAAAAUGCAAAGAGCUACUGAAGACGUGGAAAUGGCCAGAAGAGGAACUGACGAAUAUUAAAAACCUGCCUGUUUGGACAUCUGAACACGACGUAAAAAUCAAGCUUAAAUACAUUUCAGGGGAGUUUGAAGAAAAAAAAUCCCUUAUAAGAUGUUUCGAGUAUAACGAUAAAGUUUAUUUGGCAAAACUGCCUCCUCAACCUUUCAUUUGGAAUGAAAAGAAACGCAAACCCAAGCAGCUGGUUCUGGUUGCAGAUUACGAUAAAGUUACAGAAUAUCUCGAAGACGUUACCAAAGGAGAUAAUAAAGUAAAGAAACCAGACCUGAAGAUCGGAGAUUAUUUUACAACUAUGGAGAAAGGAAUGGAAUGGAGAUACGUGUGUCGUGUUCCAUCUUGUAUGCAAAAUUACUCAUCAGUCAAAGCAAGAGACGAUCAUGAAGCAUUGCUCGAUGAAGAUGAGAAUCCUCAUUUCAGCUUUAAAAUAUGGUUCAACGAGGUGGAUACAAUUUUUAAGCAUUAUUUGCCGGUGAAAUAUGAUAUCGAAGAACAACAAUAAGUUCGAGUAAUUAUAUUAGUUCUUUUUUUGGGUAUGUACAAUUUCUAAUAUUUGCGAAUUAUUUAUCGCAGUUAAUCAUUUUUUGAAAAUUAAUAUUUAUGGGAAUUUGUUGAAAAUUUUGAAUGAAUUUUGCGAUCGUUCUUUUUUCGAUACAAUGACUAUGCUUUUUCCAGUACAGUUGAUUCGUAAAUUUCGUUAAAAUUUAAUUUAUGUAUCGCGAUUUAUUUAUUUAUGAUUUUUGAAUUAAUAUUUGGGUAAAUGUGCAACGAUUUAUUUGAAUUUUGCGAUCGUUUGGGUUUGGAUGGGUUGUUACAGCUUAUUUCUUUGUUACUUAUUGUGAGAUGUGUUAUAUGAUUAUUGAUUGUUAUACAUUUUGAAAUUGUUUGGAUCGUUACCGUUUAUUUUUGUUAUACUU